UCCCACUGCGCAGGGCACGGGAUUCCCGUCGUCUUCCCCAGCCGGGGUGAGGAGGCACAAAGCAGCUCCUUGUCCCGCUCCAUCCCUCCUUCCUGGAGGUCCCCGGCUGGCGCUGAGCCCCGACCCCGCUCCCUGCCCUCGGAGUGGGCAGCGGGUGAAUGCUCAGCAUUUUCGGCAUGCCGGGAGCAGCCUUCAUCAGCUGCACCCAUGUGCCAUGCCUCCUCCUCCUCCUCCUCCUCAGUACGUUGGGCUGCCCGGCACGGCCCCCGGCCACAGCUCCCCUCUCCCACCUGGGAACAAACCCACUCUGUGAGCACACACAGAGGAGCCUUCAGCGGCGACGGGUCCCCGUCCCCCCCUCCUCAUCCUCCCCCGGCACCCUGGGCCCAUCAAUAACAGGAUUGUGCGGAGCCGGGGCAGGUGCCGGAAGUGGGGGGCACAUCACCCCACAUCCCUGCCAGCCCUGCCCAGUGUGACGGGGUGUGACAGCACGUCCCUGUCCCCUGCAGACCUGGACAAGCUGCUGUCGGACCUGCGGUCCUUCCUGCUCAUCCUGGACCGGGAAAGCCUCAGUGCCGCGGCUCGGGCCAAGAAAAAGUCGGUGGCCGAUCUCCUCUCCCGGCUGCAGAGCCCCCCGUAGGAUGCAGAGUAUAUGAUCAUGCGCUGCCUCUCGCCCUCCUCGGGGACCCCCCAGGGCCGGGCCAGCCUGGGAACCAGGACAGAGGAUGGAACGGGAGGGAGAGGCUCUGAGUGCCGCCCAGCCAGCGCCCUGAGCCUGCGUGGAGGGAACAAGGCGCCAGGCAUCUCACCAUCCCCACCAGCCGAUGACUCCUACGAAGACGCCGAACCCCUCGGCCCCGGCAGAGGCAGCAGCUCCGGCGGUGCCCACAGCGACAGCAGCCACUACGAGUCGUACGGGGAGGAUGAGGACGGCGUGACGGACCGUGCCCACUACCUGCGGCGGCCACCGGCCCCCGGCCCCGAUGCCGACCCCUCGGGCCGCCCCGAGGCGCAGCUUUGCGGCUUCCUCUGGAGAAAACGCUGGCUGGGGCAGUGGGCAAAGCAGCUCUUCAUCGUCCGGGAGCACGUGCUGCUGUGCUUCAGGUGUGCCGCCGACGCGCAGCCGGUGCUGGAGCUGGACCUGAGGGGCUGCCACGUCGCCUACAAGGCCAAGCGCGGCAAAAAGAUGCCGCACGCCCUGAAAGUGACGGGGACGGCGGGCGAGGCGCUGGUCAUCGGCUUCCAGAGCCGGCAGCAGGCUGAGGACUGGAGGAAGGUGAUCGAAGAGGUCAGCAGCGAUGCCCCGAGCGGGCUGGCGGCCGUCAGCAUCCCAGCGUCUCCCUCCUCGAGGUUUGGCAGGGCUGCUGGAUCCCAGCUCAACGAGGAGGAGGAUUGCUCCCGGCAGAGCCCUGCCCGCAGCCCCAGACCGGGAGAGGAUGCUAAAGGAGGGUUCCUGGCGGUGCGGCUGCGCGGGCGGUGGCAGCGGCUGUGGUGCGCGGUGCGGCAGGGAGCCCUGCGCAUGUUCCCCGAGCCCGGCGGUGCCCAGCGCCCCGUCUGCGCCCUACGCCUGGACGGCUGCGAGGUCUCCCCGGGGGCGGCUGCCGCUUCCCCCCAGCGCCUCCGCAUCCGCAUCGCCCAGCGAGGCCGGGAGCUCGCCCUGCUGCAGACCCAUUCAGAUGAGGAGAGGGAAGCUUGGCUGAAGACCCUGCGGGUCAGGGGAGGGGGGGAGCUGGCCGGCGACAGCCCCCACACCGAGACCCCCAAACCGAGCAAUACUGGCAGCUGCCCUGCUGCGGGUGGGCUUCUCCUGCGCCGUGUCCCGACCCCCAACGCCUACAUGGACGACCCCUUCGGGCACCUCCCGCCAGCCGAGACCCCCAAGCACCUCUACUCCAACGCGGAACAGCUGCAGCAGCUGCAUCAGAGCUUGGACCGAGCGGUGCAAGGGCAGCGCAAGAGGCCCGUGUCGGCGCUGCCCACCGCUGCCUGCAGCAACGCCCUGCCCUCGCAGGCAGCACCAGUGGCAGCUCUCCGGAGCGGGGCUGCCAGCCCGCAGCGGGCAAAGGUGAGCCCAGAGCUCCGGAGCAGGGAUCUCUCCCAGUCCCAGCACACACUGACGCUGCCCGAGAGGAAAGGGGCUCGGGAUGGGCUGGAUAUUUUCAUCGGGAAGAGAGCCUUCCCCAAACUGGAGGAGAAGGUGGGGCAGCUGGAGAGGGCUUGCCGCAUGAAGGGCAAGCUGAAAGCCGGCUCCGAGAUGAACCUGCUGGCCAUCGGCAAGUCGCUGAAGGGCCACAUCGCCGCCACCGCCAGCACGGCUGGCUCCGAGGGUUCCUUCCUCACGCCGCUGUUGAAGCGCACCGUGUCGGCGAGGAGCGCCCUGAAGCCAUCCCCCUCGCCCGUCAUCGUGGAGAAGGGAAAAGUGCUGCAGAAGAGAAAGGAGUGGGAGAUGAAGUCUGCGAUGUGACCGACGCUGCAGCAGCAACUCCCCCCCUCCCCAAAAUGUACCUGCCAGACCAGGCAUCUCUCAGCAUGAACGUGGGGCUGCGCGUGGAUCGUGCAGGGCCAGCCUGGUUUUUUAACCAUCAAUAUCAACGCUACAACUACGCACAUCUAUUUUUAUAGGUAUAUAUAUGUAUGUAUAUAUAUAUGUGUGUAUAUACAUAUAAACUCCAUCUGCGGG